AUGUUUGCUUGUAAGACUGGCUCUCUGAAAUGUACACAGUGGUUAACAGAGUAUAAUGCAGAUGUUAAUGCUAUGAACAGAGCUGAAUGGACUCCAUUGAUGUAUUGUUGUAUCUCUAGCUCUCCGGAAUGUACACGGUGGUUAACGGAGCUUGGUGCAGAUGUCAAUGCUAGGAACAAUAAUGAUAUAACUGCAUUGAUGUUGGCUUGUAAAUCUGGCUCUCUGGAAUGUACACAGUGGUUAACAGAGCAUGGUGCAGAUGUCAAUGCUAGUGACAAUGAUGGUAGGACUGCAUUGAUGUCGGCUUGGGACUCUGUCUCUCUGGAAUGUGUACAGUGGUUAACAGAGCAUGGUGCAGAUGUCAAUGCUAGUGACAAUGAUGGUAGGACUGCAUUGAUGUCGGCUUGUGACUCUGGCUCUCUGGAAUGUGUACAGUGGUUAACAGAGCAUGGUGCAGAUGUCAAUGCUAGGGACAAUAAUGAUAGAACUGCAUUGAUGUUGGCGUGUGAAUCUGGCUCUCUGGAAUGUACACAGUGUUUAACAGAGUAUGGUGCAGAUGUUGAUGCAAGGAACAGAGCUGGUAAGACUCCAUUGAUGUAUGCGAUCUCCAGCUCUCGAGAAUGUACAGAGUGGUUAACGGACCAUGGUGCAGAUGCCAAUGCUAGGGAUAAUGCUGGUAGGACUGCAUUAAUGUAUGCUUGUAAGUCUAGGUCUCUUGAAUAUAUACAGUGUUUAGCAGAGCAUGGUGCAGAUGUCAAUGCAAGGGACAAUAAUGGUAGGACUGUAUUGAUGCAUGCUUUUGACUCUUAUUCUCUAGAAUGUACACGUAUACAGUGGUUUGCAGAGCAUGGUGCAGAUAUCAAUGCAAGGGACAAUAAUGGUAGGACUGUAUUGAUGCAUGCUUUUGACUGUCACGCUCUGGAAUAUAUACAGUGUUUAACAGAGCAUGGUGCAGAUGUCAAUGCAAGGGACAAUUAUGGUAGGACUGUAUUGAUGCAUGCUUUUGACUGUCACUCUCUGGAAUGUACACAUAUACAGUGUUUAGCAGAGCAUGGUGCAGAUGUAAAUGCUAGGGACAACAAUGGCAGGACUGCAUUGAUGUAUGCUUGCGACUCCUGUCACUCUCUGGAAAGUAUACAAUGUUUAAUAGAGCAUGGUGCAGAUGUAAAUGCAAGGGCCAAUUCCAGGAAUAACAAAAACAAAACUGAACUCAUGAUAAGUAUUCAGAGAAGAUCCAUCGAGUGGGUCAGAAUAUUUACAGAUGCCUGUGCAGAUGUCAAUGCUAUUGAUGAUUCAGGCAAUUCAGCAUUAGCUUACCUAGAUGCGUCAAACCCUGAACGUAGUGAAAUAUAUUCUAUCUUAACCAUACUUGGGGCCAAAGAUGAAGAUUACCAAAAACUCAAGUCACUUAACAGAUAUGCAAUUAAUGAUCAGCAACAUGAAUCCAUUUAAUCUAUCAAUGCAAUGAAAGCUAAAUGGAAGCUUAAUUUAUCUUAUCAGGCUAGACAGUCUCUUUAUCAAACUUGUGUGUCAAACAACCGACAAUACACAUAUACAAUGAAAAGUCUUAUUAAAGACGGGAUUUUGCCUUCAAGGUUGGCUAACUUUAUCCUGUUUAAGGAUCCAGAUGCUAUUAGUGAAAUUUCAGCUAUCAUAAAAUAACUGCAUAAUUGUUAUAAAGUGGAUACUUUAAGAAAAGAACAAGAGCAACGUUAUAAAGUAUAUUUACUAAGUAGAUGGGUGUUAUAAUAAGAAUGAGACUGAGGUGAGGGAAGAACAAAAAAAAAGAAAGAAAGAAGACUACAUAGCUAAAACAUGAGCAAGCAAACAACAAAAACAAGAUG